AUGGUCAUGGAAUCUGAAUAUAGUGAUUUGCAAGACAUGAUGUUGCAAGCAGGGCUCAGUGAGAUGGAUAGCUGUGGAGACUACUUCACUUGGUGUAAUAGACACACAGUGGAUCCUAUUCAUUCUAGGAUUGAUAGGCUCGUUGGUAAUGUGGAUUGGUUCACUACGUAUAGUGACUUAACUCUGAAAAUCUUGCCCCUAAAUGUUUUAGACCAUGCACUGUUACUUUUGACAGAUAGAAACCAGAUCAAAAGAGCUAGCAGAUUCAAAUUCUAUAAUUGUGUCAAUGAUCUACCAGGUUAUAAGGAUGUUGUAAGUAAUAGAUGGAAUAAACCUCUGGAAGGAAGCACUAUGUUUACUCUGUGGGGGAAAUUACAAAGACUGAAACCUGAGCUAAAGCAGUUUAGUAAGGGCCUGACCAACAUGGAGCAGGCUAGGAAAGACUUAGAGCAAGCCCAGAUUGACCUCAGUUUAAACAAUAUGGAUGGUAGUAGGAUCAGUAAGGUGAAAAGUUGCACUGAGGAAGUGAUUGGGCUUCAUGACCUUGAGGAACAAAUGCUGAUCCAGAGGUCUAAAAUAGACUGGCUUAGAUUGAGUGAUGAUAAUAUCUCUUACUUUCAUGCUUCUAUUAAGGCCAAGCACAAGAGAAAGAGUAUGAACAUGCUGAAGAAACCAGAUGGUAGUAUGGUGUCUGAGCAGUCUAGCAUUAUGAGUGAAGUCAUGCAUUUCUAUCAACAACUUAUGGGAUCCAAGGAUGAUACUUUGAAGCAUGUGGAUAUAGAAGCCAUGAGGAUAGGUAAGCAAGCCAGUCCUAGCCAAAGAGAGUACCUCACUAGUAUUGUUACUGAGAAAGAGAUCUGGAAUACAUUGAAGGGUAUUGGAGACCUUAAAGCUCCAGGUAUUGAUGGUUAUGGCACAAAAAUUUUCAAGGCUAGCUGGAAUACUAUCAAGAAGGAUGUGAUAGUAGCAGUCCAAGAAUUUUUUGUCAAAGGCAAGUUGUACAAAGCUUUCAAUAGCACAAUUGUUACACUAAUUCCUAAGCAUGAACAUGCCAAUGAAGUGAAAGAUGUUAGACCUAUUGCUGGAUGUACAACAUUCUUUAAGAUCAUCUCUAAAGUCCUGACCAACAGAUUAGGCAAUGUGCUGCCAGACAUAAUUCAUCAGAGCCAGACUGCAUUUAUGAAAGGCCGAGUGAUUCAGAACCACAUUCUUUUAGCUUUUGAGCUUAUGAGAGGCUAUGACAGGAAAGGUGGAACACCUAGAUGCAUGCUUCAGAUUAAUCUUCAAAAAGCAUAA